ACGUAGGACGUUCCGACGUUCGCUCACCCUGUCCCAUCUCUUACAAUCUAUUUGACAUUCGGGUGCGACGCAGCGACGGCAUGUCCAGAUUAUAUUCCCUCGCGUAGACGAGGCCGACGGUACUCCCCUACGCGCCCCGCCUGCCAUCCGAAGCUUCGUGUCAAUCUAGCGAUUAAUCUCGAAGGCAGGUGACCAGUGCAAUAUCCUCCAGCAAGUUUCUUAGGCAAUGCCCGUCUGCGCGGAAAUGCAUGUUCAGCUCAGCCUCUUUACUACCGCUAUGGCCCUGACAGUUCAACGUCACAUGACCGACUCGGAGGCGGCUAAGAUGAAUCUGGUCGACCUUGCCUCCAACAUCGCCUUGACAGGCACGGAAGGCCCAGCGGACUGGUACAUGGACUCAACCGCGCUCCUCGCGGACGCCGACCACUACCGGGGCACACAAGGCCUCAUCGGCGACUUCAUCACGCUCUUCAGCUGGCGCCUCUGCAGCGACCCUCCUUCGGAGAAGUAUCCCUACGGGUACGGCAAGUCUGAUAUCAUCGGCAAGGCCGUGCCCUCAAUCGUCGGGGAGCACGUACACGUCCACUCACAUGACCGUGAGGGACGUGGAGACGGGUUGCUGGACCCGAACGCGGCGUGGUUGUAUCGUUGCGCAAUACGGGUCGCGGACGAGGAGCGGAGCCCCAUUCUGCUCGUGAAUGCGGUGCACGAGAGCGACGUGUUCGGGAGCGCCGUCGCACUCGUAGCAAUCCUAGGACACUAA